UGGAGAGCGAGGGGGGCGGUGGGGGGGAGGGAAACCAACAAGAACUCUAUGGUGAUUUUGCGGGCUUCGGAGCUGCUCUGGUCUCGCGCUCAGCUGCUGCUGCAACGGCGGCGCCUGCGGCAGGAGCAGCAUCCCCGCGUCCACCCCGAAGGCGGCGGCGGCGGAAGCUGCAGCAGCAGAAGCAACGGCAUGGACUCUCGCCCGGCCCCGCUGCCUCGCGCUACCCCCUGGCGCUCCCUGCCUUGCCCGCGCGCCCAACUCCGCCUCGACCUGGUGCUCUGUGGCGGGCAGACCUUCCGGUGGUCCGAAACCAGCCCUGGCUACUGGACUGGUGUGCUGGCAGGACGUGUCUGGACCCUCACCCAGUCCGAAGAACAGCUCUGGUACACGGUUCAUGAAGAGGAGAAGGAGGACGGAAGCAGAGAAGAAGACAGCCUCUCUGAGCCACCGCUGAAGAAAGGCAGGAAGCAAGCGCAGCCCGAAGCCAUCCGUGCUGGUACCAGCGAGCGCCCGGGCGGCCAUUUGUCAGGAGAGCUGGUCCGGGGGACGGACGGGCUGACUCCCUCACAAAUCCUCCAGGAUUAUUUCCAGCUGCAUGUCAACUUGUCUGCGUUGUACCAGGGCUGGUCCUAUGUGGACUCUCAUUUCCGAGAAGUGGCCAUCAAGUUCCCAGGGGUACGGGUGCUGCGACAGGACCCCGUAGAAUGCCUCUUCUCCUUCAUCUGCACCUCCAACAACCAUUUGUCGCGCAUCACCAACAUGAUCCAGCAUCUGUGCCAGGUCUUUGGGCGCCGCCUCUGUCAGCUGGACACCAAGACGUACCACGCAUUCCCCUCGCUGCAGGCAAUGGCAGGAGCAGACACAGAAGCCCGGCUGCGGGACCUUGGUUUCGGAUAUCGGGCGAGGUUUGUUAGCGAGAGUGCCCGCGCUGUUCUGAAGACGCUUGGUGGUGCUGCCGGAUUGCAGCAAUUGAGAGCUGUUCCUUAUGAACAGGCUCGACAUGCCUUGUGUACGCUGCCUGGAGUGGGAGCCAAGGUGGCCGACUGUGUGUGCCUCAUGUCUCUGGACAAGGCGGAGGCCGUGCCGGUGGACACCCAUAUAUGGCAGGUUGCCAAGCGGUACUACGGCCAAGAGCUCGGCAUGGGGGCCCGCAGUGUGACCGAGCGGGUGCACAGAGAGAUCGGGAACUUCUUCCGGAGCCUGUGGGGGCCAUAUGCUGGAUGGGCACAAGCGGUUCUUUUUUGCGCCGAUCUACGAAAGUACCAGGAAUCUUCCGAUCCGGAUGCCAAGCACCGCUGUGUCAAAGUUGCCAGGAGCACCCUGCCUACCUUGACAUCGUAACCUCUCCCACAGCCUCCUGUUUUGUGUGCCUGGCUUGGGCAAGUAAGAAAAACCAUUUCCUCUACAGGGCUGGAGAUGCAUAGAAACAUCCACACCAAGGCUGCCAGAGAGAGGCAGACAGGUGUGCUGUGGAGCUCUCCCCUUAGUUAAACUGCUGUUGUUUUUCCACCAGGGGUCCCUUGUGGUGGUUGUAAGCUUGAUGUGUAACCGCAAUGUAUUAUAGAAUAGAAUCCUCUCUUUUUUUUCUUGUUUCUGUGGCUUUGGUCAUUUGCUUUGGCUUUGGGGCACAGUAUUAAGUGUCGCGUAGGCCAGUUUCUCUGUUCCGGGCAUUGGGGGGGGUGUGUGUGGUUCAGUCCCUCCUUAUCAGAACCAGGGUCUUGGUUCUGUCGACCUAGACCUAGGAGUUACCUCACUUCAAUAAGUAUUUCUACACAUAAUGGAUGUGUGAUAGGUAGACUUGAAGGCCAGCUGCUGAGGGCUGGAGCCUCAUCGAUAUAGGCAAUUUUGGUGGGCCCUAUUAAACUUUAAUCUAGGUGUGGUUUAAAAGUUAGGCUAGAAUGUCCUUUGAAAUGAGAAGAUUUUAAGUCGUGUGUGUGUACAAGGGAGCAGAGGUCACGCUUUUAACUCCACGGCGCUCUCAUUUUGUACGUAACUUGUAAAUGUACAUGUUUGUAUAUACAUACAACGGUGUCUUUGUGCAUGUGCUCUGCAACGGCAAAACCCUCGCCGCUGGUUGGAUUAAGGAAUCCCCACUGCUUGCCAGGCAUCAGUUUGUGCAGCAAAAUACACUUUCACCCUGCUGGGCCUGAGGAACAAGUUCGUAAUUAACUCAAGUCCCCUUACUUUCAGAGGGACCAAGGCUGAAAUUGCAGGCAUGCUUACCCAGGAGUAAGCCCCAUUGAACCCAGUGGGAUUUACUUCUGAGUAGAAUUGUGUGGCUUAUCAGGACCACUUUUAAUUGAACUUGGGUUAUUGUGUUUUGCUGGUGAUCAGUUUUCUCGGGAGAGAACUAGCCAUCCGCUGUCAAGGUGGGGAUAGUGGAGAACGCCAAGUUGUUUGCUGGUAGUCCAGACACUAAAAAUGGCUGCCAUUUGAGCUGAAGCCCAUCCCAAGAAGUUCCCCUCUUGCCUCCCUCCUGGCUUGAUAUUAUAUUCCCUGUUCCAACCACUGAAGAAGUACCUUCUGGCCUUGACAAGCAGGCCGCCUUCCCCCUCCCAACCUAUAUGCAUCCAUAAACACCUACCAACACAUUCUAAUCAUGGCUCACCCCUCUGGCUUUUGCAUCAACAUAGUCUCCAUCUGAAGGUACGCUCGUCUUGUUCUUGACGGGCCCAAGUUGAGUUUUCUUGCUUUAUUGUAGUCUGGGCUUUUAAUUCACCUCAUUUUUUUUUCUGCUCAGUGAACCUAAAACAUCUUAUUCUAUUAAACAUUAUCAUCCCUUUUCUCGUCCUUCUUCCACUAAUAUGGAAAGUUGUUCCUGAAUACAUUC